AGGAAAGAAGGGAUGAUGGACUGGAUAUUGGUUUCCGCGUAGGCUGUCAUGAGAGACUCGCAUCAAAAACGCUUCAGAAAUGUCUCACACGGAAGACCGAAGGUAUGUUGAACUCUGUCAGGAUUCAGUACGUUUAACAGCAGAAAGUGUGGGUCUGGAUAUCACAGAUGAGGUCGCUGCAUUACUCGCUGAAGAUGUAUGCUACAGACUCCGGGAGCUUACCCAGUUCAGUGCACAGGGUCUUAGACAUUCAAGGAGGCGCAGACUGACAGUGGAGGAUUUCAACCGCGCUUUGAGGUGGAGCAAUGUAGAGGCGGUAUGUGGUCAUGGAUCUUCAGAUGCAGUGACUUACCGCAGUAUUAAAGACGGAGAUUGCCACUACACUGAGGACAGAGAAAUCAACCUGGUGGAACUGGCACUAGCAACAAAUAUCCCCAAAGGCACACCAGAGACUGCUGUACGAGUUCAUGUCUCGUAUUUGGAUGGAAAGGGGAACUUGGAACAUCAGGGAACAGUUCCUGCAGCAGUCUCACUCCUGACAGAUGACCUGCUUAAGUAUUACCAGCGUGUCACACGAGCUGUGCUAGGGGACGACCCACACCUCAUGAAGGUUGCCCUUCAAGAUUUACAGACAAAUUCAAAGAUCGCUGCCCUUUUACCGUACUUUGUUUAUGUUGUAAGUGGGGUGAAAUCUGUUAGUCAUGAUCUGGAACAGCUAAGUCGCCUCUUACAGUUGGUGCGCUCUCUACUUUGGAACCCCUUUCUGUACCUGGGUCAUUAUGGCUGCAGUCUUAUGCAGAGUGUCCUUUACUGUGUCACAGAGCCCCUUGCUGCCUCCAUUAAUCCACUCAAUGACCACUGGACCCUGCGAGACUAUGGGGCUGGUCUUCUAAGCCUUAUUUGGACCCAUCAGGAUUUAGCUGGUUCAAUGUAUCCACAAAUAUUGCAGUCUCUACAGAAAGUGCUUGGAGACCCAGUUCGCCCUCUUUGUUCUCAUUAUGGAGCUGUAGUGGGACUGCAUGCCUUAGGAUGGAAGUCAGUGGAGCAAAUCUUGUAUCCUCUCCUUCCUACCUAUUGGGCAGGGUUGCAGACUGUGUUGGAUGAUCAUUCCAUGUCUAAUGCACAAGUCAAAGCAGAUGGACAUAAGGUGUAUGGAGCUAUUCUAGUUGCAGUGGAACGUCUCCUCAAGAUGAAAGCUCGCUCCUCUGAUUUAACCUCAUCUGCCAUGCCUUCUUUACCCCACGCUUCAAUCUGCUCACCCCCCUCGGUAUCCUUACUAGAGAUGUACAGUGAACUGUACUGCUUCUUUGGAGACAGUCUAGCUGUGCGCUUUGGAACUGGUGGAAACCAAUCACAUCAUGGUGGGGCACCACAGAACAUACAGGAAUCCAAAAAAGAAUGUACUGGGGAUGGGACAAGAAAGAUGCCUCAACUCACUGCCCAUGGAGAAGAUGAAGCAGUUACUGUGGGAAAACAGUGUCAGCGCCCCCCUCAAACGCAGAUUUCUGUUGCAUCUAGACCUAGAGGGACAUCCAGACAGGGGCAGAGAACACAAGGCAUAAGAGAGGCUUUCCAAAGGAGCAGGCUGACACCUCGUGGAACACCGCGUUUUACUUUCUUAAUAGGAGGAAGACAAGCUGGAAGAGGUGGAGGAGGACGCAGGUUUCAAAGUGUCUUCCAAUUGCAUACAGGUCCUGCAGCUACAGCUUCUCGCUAUGCCCAAAAAUUGCCCAUGAUAGGAAGAGUUGCCAGAGCUGGACGCAGGGUAGCACAAGCAGAACUUUCACUCUAUCUGCCACUGUAGUUUGGAUCGCUGUCUAACUUUAAAACGUUCGGCUGAGUGCUAAAUUUAAUAUUGACAGGGUCAAAGAUUGGUUUAAACCUACUGCACCCUAUAGAAAUCAGUGUCUGCUAUUGUGCCCGACAGAAACUGGCAUGGAAACCGUUGCAAAGGACCAUGCCAAUAUGUUGCGCAUAGCUAUAUAUCACUGUGUACACACUCACGUCUGCAAUUUAUUUUCUGUUUAACUCUACUGGUAUACAAUGUUCUGUAAUUUGAUUGUCGAAAAAUAUAAAGGACAAAUGUUUUUGUAAAGACUGGAGAACUGGUUGCAAUUUGAUUAAGUAAAUUUUUCAGAUCUG